UAAUCAUCAAGACCGUUCAUUGACGAUUGGAAAUCCAACAUUUGGUCUUGGAUGAAUGGAGAAGGUCAUAUUCCCUACCAUCUUCCGGAAGGAGGAAAAGGUGAUGGAUUGUCACUUUGGUCGUUACGGACCGCCGUACGGUACUGUGAGCACCAUAACAUUCACCACCACUCACUUUAUGAUUCCACUCCGCCAGCUUACAGAUACUUGAGUGGCGUAUGCUUCGGAAAGUAUGCUCCGACAAGUAUGCCCGAAAAAUCAUGAAGUGGCUUGAAACGUAGGAUGAAACAUAUUCCUGUAUAGCCAUGAGCACAGAAUCGAACUGGAAGCCUUCGCUCGGCUUCGCCGAGAGAUUGAGUACGGUGAUCAAAAUACAGUCUUCAUAUCAAAAGUCUGAUCCAAGGGUGGAGAAACCGAACAUCGCCAAGUUCGCAAAGGAAGAGGAACAGGAGAUUUACGAUUCUGCGUUGACAUUGGUAGACUAUCGGCUUCAAUGCGAUCAAAUUAUCAACAAUUUGAAAGGCAGAGCCGCACCCGACGAUGAAGAAGAAGAGUCCCUCGAUACGGGUGUACCCGAAGCAAUUCAUAUCGGGAAGUACGUAAACGCCGUCCAUUUCCGUGAUGGACUUUACUCGGACGUCUACAAAGCACCGAAUCGGACCGAAAAACCAAAGAUGGUCGCAUUGAAAGUGACAUAUCCUUCGGCUAUGCAGCCCCCUCACAAUUCCGAAAGAGAAAUUCGAAUCUUGCGGGCCGCUGCAUCGGAACAUGUGGUUAGUCUGCUUGACGUGUUUCGAGAUUCUGCAGGAGAACUCGCUGGAACCCGUCUCGUCCUUGUAUUUCCACUUCUACGGUACGAUCUCGAUCAUGCCCUGCGACACAAGCUUGUUCAAGAAGAUCAAGCAAAGCAGCAUCUAAAACACGUCUUGUCUGCUCUUGAUUGGAUCCAUAACCUUGGUAUGAUCCAUCGGGACGUCAAACCUUCGAAUAUCCUCUUGCAAAAUCCCUCGGGUCCUGCAUACCUAGCCGACUUUGGUGUCGCUUGGUACGAGAAGGACCCUUCCUCAGAACCUAGCGAUCACAAAAUCUUAGACGUUGGGACAACUCACUACCGACCACCGGAGCUAUUGUUUGGGAACUCCAAAUAUACGAAAGCAAUCGAUCUUUGGGCAGCGGGUUGCGUUCUAGCGGAAAUUGCCUCGAUCAAAUCGGAUCUCCAACCGUUGUUUGAUUGCACCGAAGGCAGUGAGCUGUGUCUCAUAAGCAGUAUAUUUCAAUCACUUGGCACGCCAACAGCAGACACAUGGCCGGAAGCCAUGUCAUUUCCAAAUUGGGGAAGUCUUGAAUUUGUUCAGCAUAAACCGAAACCAUGGUCGGAAUUAUUGCCAAGCGCCUGUGGAGAAGCUCAAGACUUGAUAUCGAAGUUGAUCCGAUACCAAAGCAGUGAUCGGAUCACGGCAGCAGAGGCUGCUGGACAUGCGUACUUCGGCUAAGGGAUGCGAGAUUCUUCCUUGCUCCGAUCAUUCACGGAAUGGCCAGGAAGAUGGGGUUCGCAGGCUGCGGCCCAUAUUACAAUACUGUAUUGUUCUGGGGUAUGGACAACGGAGUAGACAUGAUAGCAAUAUAUGAUAGGAAUACAUCAAUGAACAAGAACUCG